GUCGUUGGCUUCAAGUUCGAGGAUCUAGGAUAGGAGCUUGCGGGGGUGGAGCAGCUGGGAGAGGAGGCCGGCGGUGGUGGAGGAGAGUCAUAGCCCAGGAGCAGCAGCCGCAGCAGCAGCAGCCCCUCGGCUCAGGGACGGAGGCCGGCCGGCCAGGACUGAGUGUAGCCCUGCAGUGAGAACCAGCCAGCUGGCUUCAGGCUGCCCAUGGAGCGCCCUGCCAUCUCUGCCCUCCAGUCUGCACCCGGCCUUCUCGUGCAUUAAUUCGGGACUUUUGCAUUUCGUUGGGCGCUCACUACUGCCUCGCAAAGGUAUUCUACAACAACAUGGCUGAACAGCAGGUUCUCCCCCAGGCUUUGUAUCUGAGCAACAUGCGAAAAGCUGUGAAGAUAAGAGAGAGAACCCCUGAAGAUAUUGUCAAGCCUACAAAUGGGAUAAUUUAUCACUUUAAGACCAUGCACAGAUAUACGGUGGAGAUGUUCAGGACUUGUCAGUUUUGUCCUCAAUUCCGGGAGUUUAUCCUUGUGGCUCUGAUGGACAGGAGCAUCCAAACUUCCCUAGAAAGCCAGAGAAAGCUGAACUGGUGCCGUGAAGUCAGGAAGCUUGUGGCACUAAAAACGAAUGGUGAUGGGAAUUGCCUCAUGCAUGCUGCAUCACAGUACAUGUGGGGCAUUCAAGAUACUGACCUGGUCCUGAGGAAGGCACUAUAUAGCACUCUGAAAGAGACCGAUAUCCGCAACUUCAAAUUCCGUUGGCAGCUGGAGUCUCUGAAAUCCCAAGAAUUUGUGGAAACAGGCCUCCGUUAUGACACCAGGAACUGGAAUGAGGAGUGGGACAAUCUUAUCAAAAUGGCAUCCACAGAUACAUCAGUAGCCCGGAGUGGGCUUCAGUAUAACUCACUUGAGGAAAUCCACAUAUUUGUUCUUUCUAACAUCCUCAGAAGGCCAAUUAUUGUUAUUUCAGACAAAAUGCUGAGAAGCUUAGAAUCUGGUUCCAAUUUUGCUCCUUUGAAAGUUGGUGGAAUUUAUCUGCCUCUCCAUUGGCCUGCCCAGGAUUAUAGAUAUCCCAUCGUCCUUGGUUAUGACAGCCAGCACUUUGCACCACUGGUCACUCUUAAGGACAGCGGACCUGAAAUCAGAGCUGUUCCACUUGUUAACAGAGAUCGAGGAAGGUUUGAGGACUUGAAAGUUCAUUUUCUAACAGAGCCCGAAGCAGAGAUGAAGGAGAAGCUACUUAAAGAGUACCUGACUGUGGUAGAAAUCCCUGUGCAAGGCUGGGACCACGGGACAACUCAUUUAAUCAAUGCUGCAAAGUUGGAUGAAGCUAAUUUACCCAAAGAGAUAAAUCUGGUAGAAGACUACUUUGAGCUCGUUCAGCAUGAGUACAAGAAGUGGCAAGAGAACGCUGAGCUGAAUCAUAGAGAGGCCCGUGCUAGGAAUGGACUGGAGCCCCACCUGCCCCAGAUUUCCCUCAUGGAAGUCAAAUGUGAAACUCCAAACUGUCCAUUCUUCAUGUCAGUAAACACGCAGCCUUUUUGCCAUGAAUGCUUUGAGAGGCGGCACAACAUACAAAAUAAACCAAGAAAACAGACCUCUAAGCCAGGGGUAGAGAAACUCCCUGGUGUAGGACUGGGUACUUCUCAGGGUGAAGUUUGUGAGCGUGCUGGGUGGAAGCCUGAGGAAUUGCCAGCAGUGGGGCCUCACUCUGCACCCCCGACUGCCCCCAGCCUCUUUCUGUUUAGUGAAACAACUGCGAUGAAAUGCAAAAACCCUGGAUGUCCCUUCACCCUGAACGUGCAACACAAUGGGUUCUGUGAACGUUGCCAUAACUCUCGGCAGCUCAAUCCCGGCUGUGACCCAAGCAACCACAGGCAUUUGGAUGAUGGGAAGUGCCAGGCCUGUCACCAGGAUGUCACUAGGACCUUUAAUGGGAUUUGUAGUACUUGCUUCAAAAGGACUACAGAGCCUUUCCCUAUCAGCUCCAGUUUUCCUCCUUCCUGCCAUCAGAGAUCAUUCUCUGAUCCCUCUCAGCUGAGCCAGAGUAUCCAUCAGCAUCCCUGCCAUAGAAAUGGUCAUGAGGCCCCUCCCGGCAUCAUCUCCCAGGUUGGACGGAAUCCAGAGAACAGGAUUGGAACGAAUAAAUGCCGAAAAGCUGGCUGCAUGUACUUUGGGACGCCAGAAAACCGCGGCUUUUGCACUCUGUGUUUCAUCGAAUACCUAGAAAAUAACCGCGACCCACCUGCUUCUGGUCAGACCAGUCCCUCAGCCUCCAGAUUCCAGAAUAACAUUCCCUGCCUUGGGAGAGGAUGUGGCACCCUUGGAAGCACUUUGUUUGAGGGAUACUGUCAGAAAUGUUUCAUUGAAGCCCAGAACCAGAGAUUUCAUGAAGCAAAAAGGACUGAAGAGCAGCUGAGAUCCAGCCAGUGCCGGGACAUUCAACGGACAACCCAGAGCUCUCAGAGAAAAAAAUGUUCUAAGGCGGCAUGUAAAAACCCUGUGGCUCACAGAGGGGAAGAGCUGUGUGCAGAGUGCCAGCGACAUAACCAGCGACUGGGGCCUGGCAUCCAUAGAGGAGAGCCCAUUACAGAAGAGCUGCCCAAGCAACGCUGCCGAGCCCCAGCCUGUGAUCACUUUGGCAACGCCAAGUGUAAUGGGUACUGCAAUGAAUGCUAUCAGUUCAAACAGCUGUAUGGCUAAUCAGAAACAGCCAGACCACCUCCCAGAUAUGAAAGAACCUGAGUUUUUUGGCUAAAAUGGUGCUAUCAUGUAAACAUUUGGCUGUUUCACUUGAGGGCUAGCCCCUGGAAUUGAAUAUACCAUGGAGGUUUUAGUGUAGGAGAAUAGGCUGUCCACCAGGAGUCUGGCAGUAGGUAUGUUCACCUGAGGAAUUAUGGGGCCUAGGGCACCUCUAGGAAAACUUACCUCCUGCCCUAGGGUACAGAGUCUUGAGCUUUGCAGUUGUGGAUUUCUGGGAUCACCUCAAGGCCACUCCCCCUUUGUGAGUUCAUACAGUCUCCACAUUCUGAGACCUGGGGACAUGGAGAAACCUGGAAUGCCCACUGUACCUGGACAGUAGCUUGUACUUUGGGGUGUGAAUACGUCUCUCUCACCUUGUGAGCCCUGUGUGAUGUCAGAGGGCAAAGAUACACAUUGGAAGGCAUGCAGAAUGCUGAACCUCCUUUUGCCUUAGCCCCCAGCUCAGUAUGUCUCACGGGAAGCUAGGUGGUGCAGUGGCUAGAGCACAGAGCCUGGAGUCAGGAAGACUCCUCUUCCUGAGUUCAAAUCCAGC